AUGUUUGCCCGGGCUCAGCCGUCAAUCUACCAGUCGUCGAAAUGUUUCGUUACGUACGGCUCCAUGGGCCACAUUGAUCCCAAGCAGUUGCCUCACAAGAGCAAGCCGUGGUCUUCUUUGGGAUCAUUAGAUUUUGUCCACAAGGUGGAUUUGCUCAUUCCCCAAGAGCACUAUGAGCGACUGAGUCAGAAACUGGGACCGGGAAUUACAUCUACAGCUUAUUACAAAGUCUCCAUGACAUUGGAACAAAUUUUACAAGGCGACUUUUUCACGGAAUGCAUAAAACGAGGCACGUUCAUUAAUUAUUGCAAUGUGCUGAUGCUCUCUGAGGGCAAAGUUACGGUCGACAACAUGUUCACUCUCAUCAACGGCACCUUGACAAUGUAUUUGGAGAAAGAAGUCUAUGAACGAGCAGGCUUGACAGGAAAACCCUAUGGUAUCAAAGGCGACAGAGGCCUCAAACCGAGAUGGAUUGUCACUUAUGACCUCCGGAGCCCCUCGAUGCUUCACGGCAAGAAAGGGUUCGAUAGACUUGUAUAUGCCUGCAAGAAGGUGCUGAACCAACCGAUGAAAUGGCUCUUCUCCGACGUUGGCCAGUCGAUUGAUUCUGGUCUUCUGGAAAAACUCUCGGCGACAAGGAUUGAUGUGAAGCCAGAAGUGGUCCAGCAUAUCAAAACAACGCAGGUGACGUUGAACAUGCCAGCAAGCGUACUAGCCGAAGGCGACAGGACUGACUUGGAACUUGUGGCGAGCGACUUGUACGAGUGGCUGUCACUUGUUCGACUCGAGAGUCCUCGGAUAGCUGCAAAUGACGACGUGGAUCCGUAUAUCUCCAAGUACAAGGCCCCGGAUGGAACGGAUGACGAGAUGGAGGUUUGUAAGAUCACCUGGCAGGGUUUCAUGAGCACCAACUGGAUUCGCCAACUUCUCGCCGAGACCGUCACGCAUCAUUCUUCGCAGUCAUGGUUGUCGUUCAGUGCGACAGAGCUGUCAACGGAUGUUGCCGGCGCGCAUAAUGAACUGAUGCUCCUGCGACCGCCCAAGGCACCAGAGGAGUAUCUCAUGUGGGAGGUGAAAAGAACGAAGUGA